CCCGCCGACCCUGGCCCCCUCCCCCGACACCCAGAGCCACAAUGGCAGAGCUGCCGGUGUUGGAGACGCCCAGGGACCCUGCUCUGUGCAGUGGGCGCUUCACCAUCAGCACGUUGCUGGGGGGCGAUGAGCCCCCGCCACCGGCCGCCUAUGACAGCAGCCACCCCAGCCACCUGACCCACGGCAGCACCUUCUACAUGCGCACCUUUGGCUACAACACUGUCGAUGUGGUGCCUGCCUACGAGCACUAUGCCAACAGCACCCUGCCCGGCGAGCCCCGAAAAGUCCGGCCCACGCUGGCCGACCUGCACUCCUUCCUCAAGCAGGAAGGCAGCCACCUGCAUGCCCUGGCCUUUGACAGCCGGCCCAGCCAUGAGAUGACCGAUGGGCUGGUGGAGGAUGAGGCAGGUACCAACGGCGAGAAGAACCCUGAGGAGCCUGUGCGCUUUGGCUGGGUCAAGGGGGUGAUGAUCCGUUGCAUGCUCAAUAUCUGGGGUGUGAUCCUCUAUCUGCGGCUCCCCUGGAUUACCGCCCAGGCAGGCAUUGUCCUGACCUGGAUCAUCAUCCUGCUCUCGGUCACGGUGACCUCCAUCACGGGCCUCUCCAUCUCGGCCAUCUCCACCAACGGCAAGGUCAAGUCAGGUGGCACCUACUUCCUCAUCUCCCGGAGUCUUGGCCCAGAGCUAGGGGGCUCCAUCGGCCUCAUCUUUGCUUUCGCCAACGCUGUGGGUGUGGCCAUGCACACUGUGGGCUUCGCAGAGACCGUGCAGGACUUGCUCCAGGAGUACGGCUCGCCCAUCGUGGACCCCACCAACGACAUCCGCAUCAUUGGUGUGGUCACCGUCACUGUGCUGCUGGCCAUCUCCCUGGCUGGCAUGGAGUGGGAGUCCAAGGCGGAGCCAGACCGUCUGACCUCCAGGCUCCCUUCCUCCCAGGCCCAGGUGCUCUUCUUCCUCGUCAUCAUGGUCUCUUUUGCCAACUACCUGGUGGGGACACUGAUCCCCCCCUCUGAGGACAAGGCCUCCAAAGGCUUCUUCAGCUACCGGGCGGACAUUUUUGCCCAGAACUUGGUGCCUGACUGGCGGGGCGUGGACGGCAGCUUCUUCGGGAUGUUUUCCAUCUUCUUCCCCUCGGCCACGGGCAUCCUGGCGGGAGCCAACAUCUCCGGGGACCUCAAGGACCCUGCUGUAGCCAUCCCCAAGGGAACGCUCAUGGCCAUUUUCUGGACCACCAUUUCCUACCUAGCCAUCUCAGCCACCAUUGGCUCCUGUGUGGUUCGAGAUGCCUCCGGGAUCCUGAAUGACACGGUGACCCCCGGCUCAGGCGCCUGCGAGGGGCUGGCCUGUGGCUACGGCUGGAACUUUACCGAGUGCGCCCAGCAGCACAGCUGCCGCUACGGCCUCAUCAACCACUACCAGACCAUGAGCAUGGUGUCGGGCUUCGCACCCCUGAUCACGGCCGGCAUCUUUGGGGCCACCCUCUCCUCAGCCCUGGCCUGUCUCGUCUCUGCCGCCAAAGUUUUCCAGUGCCUGUGCAUAGACCAGCUGUACCCACUGAUCGGCUUCUUCGGCAAAGGCUAUGGCAAGAACAAUGAGCCACUGCGCAGCUACCUGCUGGCCUAUGCCAUUGCUGUGGCCUUCAUCAUCAUCGCUGAGCUCAACACCAUCGCCCCCAUCAUCUCCAACUUCUUCCUGUGCUCCUAUGCCCUCAUCAAUUUCAGCUGUUUCCACGCCUCCAUCACCAACUCACCCGGGUGGAGACCCUCAUUCCGUUACUACAGCAAGUGGGCAGCGCUGUUUGGGGCGAUCAUCUCCGUGGUCAUCAUGUUCCUUCUCACCUGGUGGGCAGCCCUCAUCGCCAUCGGUGUGGUCCUCUUCCUCCUGCUCUAUGUGAUCUACAAGAAGCCAGAGGUGAACUGGGGCUCCUCGGUACAGGCUGGCUCCUACAACCUGGCCCUGAGCUACUUGGUGGGUCUCAACGAGGUGGAGGACCACAUCAAGAACUAUCGCCCCCAGUGCCUGGUGCUCACGGGGCCCCCCAACUUCCGCCCGGCCCUGGUGGACUUUGUGGGCACCUUCACCCGGAAUCUCAGCUUGAUGAUCUGCGGCCACGUGCUCAUUGGACCCCGCAAACAGAGGAUGCCUGAGCUCCGGCUCAUCGCCAGCGGGCACACCAAGUGGCUGAACAAGAGGAAGAUCAAGGCCUUCUACUCUGACGUCAUCGCUGAGGACCUCCGCAGUGGUGUCCAGAUUCUCAUGCAGGCUGCAGGUCUCGGGAGGAUGAAGCCCAACAUUCUGGUGGUCGGGUUCAAGAAGAACUGGCAGUCGGCUCACCCAGCCACAGUGGAAGACUACAUCGGCAUCCUGCACUCUUGCUGUGCAAGGUCCAGAAAAUGCCUACCUGAGUUGUUUUCUGCAUUGACGUGCGACGCUUUUGAUUUCAACUACAGUGUGUGUGUCAUGAGGAUGCGUGAGGGGCUCAACAUCUCGAAGGUGAUGCAGGCGCACAUUAACCCCGUGUUUGACCCAGUGGAGGAUGGCAAGGAAGCCAGAGCCAGUGGAGCCAGGCCGUCUGUCUCCGGCACGGUGGACCCCGAGGCCCUGGUGCAGGAGGAGCAGGCCAGCACCAUCUUCCAGUCGGAGCAGGGAAAGAAGACCAUUGACAUCUACUGGCUAUUCGACGAUGGAGGCCUCACCCUCCUCAUCCCCUAUCUCCUCGGCCGCAAGAAGAGAUGGAAUAAAUGCAGGACCCGCGUGUUCGUGGGGGGCCAGAUCAACAGGCUGGACCAGGAGAGAAAGGCGAUCAUUUCUCUGCUGAGCAAGUUCCGGCUGGGAUUCCACGAAGUUCACAUCCUUCCCGACAUCAACCAGAAGCCGCGGGCUGAGCACACCAAGCGGUUUGAGGACAUGAUUGCGCCCUUCCGCCUGAAUGAUGGUUUCAAAGACGAGGCCACGGUCACCGAGAUGAGGCGGGACUGCCCCUGGAAGAUCUCAGAUGAGGAGAUUAACAAGAAUAGAAUCAAGUCCCUUCGGCAGGUGAGGCUGAACGAGAUUCUGCUGGAUUACUCCCGGGAUGCCGCUCUGGUCAUCAUGACAGCCGGGAAGCCUGUGGAACCUGUUUGUUCACACCCGGAAAUCAAGAUGGAGCACACGAUUUCCAGGGCCCCGCGCACAAUGAAAAGCACCUUGCCCAUAGGGAGGAAGGGGAAGUGCCCGAGCUCGCUCUACAUGGCCUGGCUGGAGACGCUGUCCCAGGACCUCAGACCUCCGGUCGUCCUGAUCCGAGGAAACCAGGAAAACGUGCUCACCUUUUACUGCCAGUAACUCUGGGCUCGGCUGCGCCUGCCCAGAGCCAGGGUGCAGGGGACGCCCACUUGUCCACGGGGACAGGACACAUGCCCCAUCGCACUUUAAGGGGUGGCAUCUGAUGAUCUGAUGGAAGAAGCUGGUACAUUUCCAAAUUUCAGCUGGACCCCACUCCCAUCAGACAAGUCCUCUGGGCUUUGUUUUUCUGGGCUGGAGAAGUAGCAGGUGGAGCUGUCUGGAAAACUCUCUGGUGGAUUCAUAUUCCUUUUAACUUUUCUUUUGCUCUUGAUUACAACAAAUUAAGAUUUCAAUCUUUGAUUUGUAUACAAA